AUGGAUAAAAAGGAGACAAAUGUAAUGAGCAAGCAAAAAAGAUAUAGCGAAAAGGAAACAGUAAAGAGGUUUCUAGUUUCUAACAAGGGCAUAUCAUUCUUGGUGGACCACGUCAACAGAGGGUCUUCAAGCGAAAGCUUCUUUCAUAGCAAAAAGUUGGUAGAAAGAGAGGUGUCUAACCUCAUUGAUUACUACUUUGCAUGGAUACACGGCCUUCCCGUCAGGAAGAGCAUGAGCAAGUACGAGUUUAUAAAGUAUUUGGAAGACUUUUGCAGGAAGAAUGAUGUUGGCAAUCUGUUUGAAUUUUUGUUUAUUUGA